AGCCAGGGGCUGGCACAUUGUGGAGAAAAUCAUAAAAUUCUGUUGAGACCGAAUCCCAAAGGCCCAUCUGAGGAAUAUAAAUUAGGCUUAUUGGAGAACUCAAGAGCGGGCGAUGGAAAAUCGAUUCCGUGUGCUCCUUUUCAUGCCCUAAGUGCUGGAUUUCCUGGCGGCUGCUACUUCCACACAGAAAGGAGUGUUCCUUUCCCCUGAUUGCUUCUCAUUCGGGAAAUGAAUGGAGCCCGGGACUGGAGUAGAGAAGGAAAAUCAAUCCAGCGCACAAGAGUUUAUUCUCCUGGGAUUCCCCGGCAAUCAGCAUUUGCAGAUUUCGCUCUCUGUGGUGUUUACCAUGACGUACAUCUUGGCUGUCACAGGAAACUUUGCAAUAAUAGCUUUAGUCAUGGCCCACCCUCACCUCCAAACGCCCAUGUACAUCUUCCUUUCCAACCUCUCCUUCCUGGAGAUCUGGUACACCACAGCGUGUGUGCCUAAGGCCAUUGCCAUUUUCCCGGGGAAAAGCAGAACUAUCUCGUUUGUUGGUUGCAUCCUGCAGAUGUACGUCAUUUUCUCCCUGGGCUGCACGGAAUUUUUCCUCUUGUCUGUCAUGGCCUAUGACCGUUAUCUGGCCAUUUGCUACCCGUUGCAUUAUAGCACCCUCAUGAGCAGCACCAAGUCCGGUCAGCUGGCUUUUUUAUGCUGGGUGUCUGGUUUCCUUUUUAUGAUAAUCCACAAUUCUCUGGUUGCCAGGUUGUCCUUCUGCAGCUCUAACGUCAUCAAUAAUUUCUUCUGCGGAGCCGAUUCCUUGAUCUUUCUCUCCUGCUCAGACACAUCUGUGGUUAAGUGGGUCAGUAUCACCAUGGGAAUCAUUGUCAUCCUGGGAUCAUGUUUGACAACCCUGGUCUCCUACAUUUUCAUCAUCUCCACCAUCCUGAAGAUCCCAUCAGCCCAAGGCCGGCAAAAGGCCUUUUCCACCUGCUCUGCCCACCUCAUUGUUGUGGUUAUGUGGUACGGCUCCUCCAUCUUCCUGUACGUCAGAGUUUCCAGACAGAGCUCUUUGGACAUACAUAAGUUUGUCAACACUCUGAACACUAUCGUGACGCCGCUGUUAAACCCUUUCAUCUACACUCUGAAAAAUAAAGAAGUGAAGGAGGCUUUAUGGAAUGUGUUGAGGAGGACGUAA